AUAUCAAUAAAUUAGUCUUUUGGUGCACAAUGAAUAUUCCGAUACUUUUGUUAGUAUUCCUGAAAUUCGCCAGCUGUGCUAACAUUUUAGCCCAUUUUAUAACGCCUUCGAUGAGUCACCAAUCGGUGUAUCGAAAUAUUUGGAAAGAAUUGAGUUUAAGAGGACACAAAAUCACUGUAAUAACCCCUUAUCCUUUGAAGGACCCGCUUUUGGUAAAUUUGACCGAAAUAGAUGUGAAUUUUUCAUACGAAAUAAUCAAAGAAGCAAUAAAUUCGAAAAAGUUAUCGCAAGAACAAAAAAUCGACGCAGAACGGCUCCUAAAUGAAAUAAUACCGCCUGUGUUGGACUGUCAGUUGGAAGAACCUCGUGUAAAAGAAAUUUACAAUGGCGAGAACAAUGAAACAUACGAUUUGGUCCUUGUGGAGAUGAUUUAUCCUGUAGUGUACCCGUUGGCGCAAAAAUACAGGUGUCCUUACGUGGGGAUUGCUUCGUUUUCAGGUGCUAAAGUUUUCGAAAUUGCACUGGGGAAUCCUGCACAUCCUGUCGCGUAUCCAGAUGUUUUGUUGGAGUACAGCGCAGUGGAAACAUUCUUUCAAAGAUUACAUUCUACUUUCUUCGACAUUCGAACGUAUUUAAGGUUAGCCAGAGUGACUACUCUGAGAACGCUGCUUGUCGUAAUUAAUAUUAGGAACCCCCACACCAGGCAGCUUAACGUCAAAAAUGCCUUUCUCAUUGGAGAACUUCAGGAGGAGAUCUACAUGAAGCAGCCCCUUGGUGUCUCCAAGCAAUCCGACCUAAUCUUGGCUUCACGCAAUCGAAGCACGAUCUUUGUCUCUGUUAACUUGACUGGCGACAAGAAGAUAUAUCUCCUGAUCUACGAUGAGAAGGUACUUCUGCAGAUAACGAGAAAACUUGGACAACAGUGCCGGAUGAAAGACUUGGGCCAGCCCAACUUCUUUCUUGACAUCAAGAUCGAGAGAGAUGCGACAGCGCUUCGAAAUUCUAACUGCAAUGGAAUCAACACUCCGGUGAAACCGAAAUCACCGUCUGAAACGAAUUCAGAGAGCAUCAUCGAGAUUAGACCGUACCGGGAACUUGUUGGGUGCCGGUACCUAAUAAGAUCCACCCGACCAGACUUGAGCGCAGCGAUCAACUUUUAUAGUCGAUUCCAAAGCAACGCUGCCGAGGCACAGUGGACAGGGUUCAAACGAAUUCUGCAAUACCUUCAAGCAACCAGAGAUUGCUGCUUGUACUACCCCAAGGACAAUCCUGAGCCACUGGCACUCGGUCAACUGGAAGAUCAGGAAGCAGCCAACAGCCCCACUCUCCUCUACGGAGGUCGAGAAAUGGGAUUCCAUUUCACCAAGCCAGUGACAAUCUACGAGGACAAACAGGCCUGCAUCCACCUGAUCAAACGGUGGGACCACCGCCGGUUGAAGCACGUAGACGUGAAGUACAAUUUCACACGAGACCUGCAUGCUAAGGGUGAAAUUGAAGACUUGAAAAAAGAACUGGACGAUGCCAUUCAAGGGGUCAUAUACUUCAGUUUAGGGUCAAAUGUAAAAAGUGUAAAUUUGACUUCGCGGUUGAAAGGCGUUAUUGCUUCUGCACUUUCUGAAUUACCGUAUAAAGUUUUGUGGAAAUGGGAGUCCGAUCAUUUUCCGGGAAAACCGAACAAUGUUGUCAUAAGACAAUGGCUACCACAAGAAGGUGUACUAGCUCAUCCCAACGUUAAGUUGUUCAUAACCCAAGGAGGUCUUCAGUCAAUGGAAGAAGCAUUAUUUUAUAAAGUACCUCUUCUUGGUAUGCCGUUUUUCGGUGACCAACCAAGUAACAUCAAUAAAAUGGUGCAAAUGGGUAUCGGACUCGAAAUAAACCGAAAUACUGUCACCAAAGAAGAAAUGAAAUUGAAAAUAUUGGAAUUAAUCAAUACAGACAAGUACCGUCAAAAAAUUGCAGAACUAUCGGAUAUUGCAUUCGAUCAGCCAAUGACAGGAGUGGAAAAAGCAGUAUGGUGGAUAGAAUAUGUGAUAAGGCAUAAGGGUGCAAGGCAUCUGCGCAACCCCUUGCUAGACAUGCCCUUAUACCAAUACCUGUUUUUGGACAUUAUUGCUCUAGUAUUAUCCGUCCUUGCGUUUGCAAUAUUUGUUAUAGUAUUUGCCAUCAAAUAUUUACUUAAGUUUAUUAAAUCAUGGCAAAAUUCAACAAAAAUAAAAUCAUCGUAAUUCCAUUUAAAAUUAGAACAUUAUGAAAUUUU